CUCGUCUGGUGCCGCACCCUUCAACCCAAGAAGCCAGUAAGUACAAAUCGCAAACAUCACACCGAGCAAAUCCAAUACAUCUAUCUCUCCUCUGAGUUAACCCGACGACAAUGUCGCUCGUGAGGCGCAGCGCAUUCGACCCCUUCGCCGACUUCUGGGACCCUCUGGACGUGUUCCGCUCCAUCGUCCCCGCAGCGUCCGGCAGCGAGACCGCCGCUUUCGCCAACGCCCGUGUGGACUGGAAGGAGACCCCGGAGGCGCACGUGUUCAAGGCCGACCUCCCCGGCGUGAAGAAAGAGGAGGUCAAGGUGGAGGUGGAGGACGGCAACGUGCUCGUGAUCAGCGGCGAGCGCAGCAAGGAGAAGGAGGAGAAGAGCGACAAGUGGCACCGCGUGGAGCGCAGCAGCGGGGCGUUCGUGAGGCGGUUCCGCCUGCCGGAGAACGCCAAGGUGGAGCAGGUGAAGGCCGGGCUGGAGAACGGCGUGCUCACGGUCACCGUGCCCAAAGCCGAGGUGAAGAAGCCUGAGGUGAAGGCCAUCGAGAUCUCUGGCUGAACCUGAACCUGAACGCUUGUCUUGAUGUGGUGUGUGUAAGAGUCGUGUUUGGUCCAAGUCUGGCAGCGGUUGACUCGAUCUGUGAGUCAAGGCUCCAUUGUCGCCUUUCUGUUUGCGUAUGAAUAAAUGAAUAGGAAUAAAUCAAUCAGUUUGUACUAAUAUUCUGAACGCAAACAACGACUGUUUCGAUUUCA